ACAUUCAUUCUCUCUCUCUCUCCCUCCCGAAGUCUCAGGCUUUCUCUUUAAUUCCUCCUCGUUCGAUGAGCUCUCUUAUAGAAACUGGAUCCAUUUGAGAAAACCCAUUUCAAAUCUAUUCACUUUUUCUCAUUUCUAUGCAUUUUUAGAAAAAAAAUUGCGUCUCCCUCUCUUUCUUUGAUGAAACUCAUCACCUCCAGGUAAAACUAAAUUCAUCUCACGAUUAAGUUCCGGAGAGAAGAAAAAUGAGAGACUUCCCUUCUUGCUCCGGCGAAAACGGCGUUCAGACUGCAGACUCUCCAUCCUCCACCGCCGGCAAAACAGCUCAGAAUCUUGUCAUUUGUAUCUACCGUUGCCGCAUCCGAGGCAAGACUUGCUUGAUCACUGUCACAUGGACCAAGUCUCUGAUGGGUCAAUGCGUGACAGUAGGAGUCGACGAUUCUCGUCUCUGUAAAGUCGAGAUUAAGCCCUGGCUCUUCACUAAACGAAAAGGCUCUAAGAAUCUAUGUAAUAUUAGUGUCUUCUGGGAUCUCUCCUCUGCUAAGUUUGGAUCCAGCCCUGAGCCUUUAGGAGGGUUCUACGUAUGCGUGGUUGCGGAUAAAGAGAUGACUCUUCUCCUCGGUGAUAUGAGGAGAGAAGCUUUUAAAAAAACUAACGCUGCACCGUCUUCAUCUCUCGGUGCUGUGAUUAUUGCCAAGAGAGAGCAUGUCUUUGGCAAGAGAACGUUUGAAACAAAAGCUCAGUUUUCGAAUGAUGGCAAAACGCAUGAUCUUGUGAUAGACUGUGACGCGAGUGUAUCUGAUCCUUGUCUCGUUGUUCGUGUUGAUGGGAAGGUCUUGAUGAAGGUGAAGCGGGUUCACUGGAAGUUCCGUGGUAAUGGUACGAUGGUUGUCGAUAGGGUCUCUGUGGAAGUUCUUUGGGAUGUUCAUAGUUGGUUCUUUGGGGUGCCGUCGUCGCCAGGGCAUGCUGUGUUUAUGUUCAGGACUUGUCAACAACCUGUUGAAAAGACUUGGUCGUUGGCGCAGGUUCCAACGAGCUCAAAAUCUCAGAGUGUUGGGUUCUCAUUGGUUCUGUACGCUUGGAAGAACGAGUAGAGAAUAAGAAGAAGAAGUUUUGAGAGUUCUUGAUCUUUCUCUUGAGUGCUAACAAAAGAUUAAAAAAGGAGCUGUUGAUUCUUGUCAAUUUAUUUUAUCAUAUGAUCAGUUUCUUUAUA